CUAGCUGUGACUGAACUCAGGCUCUCUGACGCCCAGGCCCCUGCCUUCCCCUCUAGCCAAGGGUCCAGGUUCUCACGGACACCAGCUUCUUCCGCUACACUGCAAACCCUUGUCGUUACAGGGCACUGAUAUCAAGGCCUAUCUCCAGGACUCCACCCCAUCCCAACCCUAACAGGCACCCAGAGCCUGCUCACCCACUGUGUAGGGAACACCCCAGUGCUAUUGCAACACCCUGUGGAGAAGUGAGCAGGAGGCAUGAGGCCACUGGUGCGCUCAUCCUCAGAGGACAGGUGUCCCAGGCAGAGGUCCCGCUAGAGCGACAUGAUGGUGGAAUCUGCCUCAGAGACAAUCAGGUCAGCUCCCUCUGGUCAGAACGGCGUGGGCAGCCUCUCCGGGCAGGCCGAUGGCAGCAGCGCCGGGGCUGCGGGCACUGCUGGAGGCGGUGCAGGCAGGGACCCAGCAGCAGGCGACAGCAACGGCGAGAUGAGCCCCGCGGAUCUGCUGCACUUCCAGCAGCAACAGGCUCUCCAGGUAGCCCGGCAGUUCCUGCUGCAGCAGGCCUCGGGCCUGAGCUCCCCCGGGAACAGUGACAGCAAGCAGUCUGCCUCUGCCGUGCAGGUGCCCGUGUCGGUGGCCAUGAUGUCGCCGCAGAUGCUGACCCCCCAGCAGAUGCAGCAGAUCCUGUCGCCCCCACAGCUGCAGGCCUUGCUCCAGCAGCAGCAAGCACUCAUGCUCCAGCAGCUGCAGGAAUAUUACAAGAAGCAGCAAGAGCAGCUCCACCUGCAGCUCCUCACCCAGCAGCAGGCUGGGAAGCAGCAACCCAAAGAGGCACUGGGGAGCAAACAGCUGGCCUUCCAGCAGCAGCUCCUGCAAAUGCAACAGCUGCAGCAGCAGCACCUGCUCAACCUGCAGAGACAGGGGCUGGUCAGCCUGCAGCCCAACCAAGCCUCCGGGCCCCUCCAGACCCUUCCGCAAGCAGCCGUGUGCCCCACGGACCUGCCCCAGCUAUGGAAGGGUGAGGGUGCCCCCGGGCAGCCCGCUGAGGACAGUGUCAAGCAGGAGGGGCUGGACCUCACUGGCACAGCCACCACCGCUACCUCGUUUGCCGCCCCCUCCAAAGUCUCACCCCCGCUCUCCCACCACACCUUGCCCAACGGACAGCCCACUGUGCUCACACCUCGGAGAGACAGCUCCUCCCAUGAGGAGACCCCCGGUUCCCACCCUCUCUAUGGACACGGGGAGUGCAAGUGGCCUGGCUGUGAGACCCUGUGUGAAGACCUGGGCCAGUUCAUCAAACACCUCAACACAGAGCACGCCCUGGACGACCGGAGCACAGCCCAGUGCCGGGUGCAGAUGCAGGUGGUACAGCAGCUGGAGAUCCAGCUUGCCAAGGAGAGCGAGCGGCUGCAGGCCAUGAUGGCGCAUCUGCACAUGCGGCCCUCAGAGCCCAAGCCCUUCAGCCAGCCACUGAACCCAGUCCCCGGCUCCUCAUUCUCCAAGGUGACCGUCUCUGCAGCAGACUCAUUCCCAGAUGGCCUCGUGCACCCCCCCACCUCAGCUGCUGCCCCUGUCACCCCUCUAAGGCCUCCAGGCCUGGGUUCUGCCUCCCUGCACAGCGGGGGCCCUGCCCGCAGGAGGAGCAGCGACAAGUUCUGCUCCCCCAUCUCCUCAGAGCUGGCCCAGAAUCACGAGUUCUACAAGAAUGCAGACGUCAGGCCCCCCUUCACCUACGCCUCCCUCAUCCGCCAGGCCAUUCUGGAGACCCCCGACAGGCAGCUGACCCUGAAUGAGAUCUAUAACUGGUUCACCAGGAUGUUCGCCUAUUUCCGGAGAAACACUGCCACCUGGAAGAACGCCGUGCGGCACAACCUCAGCCUGCACAAGUGCUUCGUGCGUGUGGAGAACGUCAAGGGCGCCGUGUGGACCGUGGACGAGCGGGAAUAUCAGAAGCGGAGACCGCCAAAGAUGACGGGGAGCCCCACCCUGGUGAAGAACAUGAUCUCCGGCCUCAGUUACGGAGCACUCAAUGCCAGCUACCAGGCUGCCCUGGCCGAGAGCAGCUUCCCCCUCCUCAACAGCCCUGGCAUGCUGAACCCCGGCUCCACCAGCAGCCUCCUGCCCCUCAGCCAUGAUGAUGUGGGUGCCCCCGGGGAGCCGCUCCCCAGCAAUGGCAGCAGCACCCCUCCUCGCCUCUCCCCACCCCAGUACAGCCACCAGGUGCAGGUGAAAGAGGAACCUGCGGAGGCGGAGGAAGACAGAAGGCCCGGCCCCCCGCUGGGGCCGCCCAACCCCAGCGCCGGGCCUGCCGAAGACAGGGACCUGGAGGAGGAGCUGCCUGGAGAGGAACUCUCCUAAGGGCCUCUAGGGGGAGGCAGGACAGGGGUGAGACCCCUCCUGGAACCCAGGCCCCACUUACCCCUACUCCACAGCCCCGCCCAAACCUCAAGGCACUUCCAGGACUCAGAUGGGGGCUGGGCCAGCAACUCCCAAUGCGACCAGACUGACAGACGUCCAGGGCAAGGACAGGCCUGCCCCCAAGGGGAAACAGAACCCCUGGUCUGGGACCAACAGAGGACACGGAGGGCCCAGACCCCUCCCAAACCCUCCCCGCCACCAGCAGCAGCAGGGCCCUCCUCCCCCACCAGCUGUCCCCCACCGGCCCGCAGUGCCAUGGAGACCCGCAGGCGGGGCUAAGCCACCCCUCAGACCCAGGGCCCCUCGCACUGGCUCUGGCAGUGUUUUUCUAGCCAGAGGCCCCCACUUCCCCAAUCUGUGCUCCCUUCCACCUUCUUUUCCAUACUGUGAAGAAAAAAUUCUCCACCCUCAACUCACACCCCGCCCUGGCCUGGGUGGAGGAACUGCCGGUUCCAACCAUCCCCAGAACCCCGCCCCCUGGGCUGUGCCCACCCAAAGCCACAGCUGGGCCAGCGCAAAUUGUGUGCCCUGGGGGGUCCCUGGGAGCGGGGCCACCUGGCUCCAGCCCCUCCACCCGACCCGAGGCGGGACCCAGGCUGAACUGGGCCUCCAUCCAUUUGCUGGAUGCCCUGCGGCUGCCCCAAGCCCAGGGAGGUAGGAAUUGGCCCUGAGCCGCCGCCUCCAGGAGGCCCAUGCCAGGCGGGCUUCUGGAGCUGGGGCCGAUGAAGGGAGCCCAGCCUUUCUUGAGGCUGGAGUUGGGGCAGAGGUGGUGCCCAACUGCCAGAAGCAUCCUGCCUCUGUCUCAGCUGGUGGGAUUCAUCUGGCAGCUGCUGUGACCCACCGGGUCACCCUGCCCCCAGCCUACAGGUCCCCUACUGCAGUCCUCCCCCCCCAGCACCCUUCCCUGUCCCCCGCAGUUAAAUGGAUGACCAAAGACCUUUCUUAUGCCAGAAGCAAAAACCAAAACUUUUUGUUGGCUUUUUCCUUUGUCGCCUCCUCCACCCCCUGCCCCUCCUGCCCCUGCCCCUGCCCGGCCCCAGGCUGGAAGUCCUCCCUCCACUUAAGUUAUUGUUUUAAACCAAAGUUUACAGUGUCUGUUGGUGGCCAAGACCCUCUCUCUCCACCCCUUCUCACCCCACCCUGAGGACCCUGGGGCUCAGCAGGGGCUGGGGCCCUGUUCACCUCCCCUCUGCUUUGGCCCAGCCUGGGAGAAGGAAAGAGGGCAAGGGAGAGGUGGGCCGCCCUCAGCCCCCGUCCCCUCGGGCAGUGGGCAUGGAGCCCUCGUCCCAACCCUGGGCUGCUUCCUGGGGACUCUCCAGACCCCUCUUUAGGACCAAGUCCCCCAUCACGCUGGGAGUGUGGAUUCCAGCCAAGGAGCUGGAAAAAGGUGAGACUCUCCACAGACCCCCUAUGGGGGAUCCUGACUUGAGGCCAAGGACUGGGUGUGCUGGGUGCCCGUGACACCCCAGGCCAGGCCCCUUUGCUGAGAAGACUCCUUGGACUAUUUCCCAAGAAACCCCCACAUACACCCCUUCACAAGCCACCCCUCCCGAGAGGCAGGGGGCCCCCCGUGUAC